GCGGCAGCCGGGGACGCGCAAAGUGGCUUUGCGCCUCCACAUGGCAGUCUAACGGGCAGGGGAGACGCGCUCCCGCACAAGGCUUGGGCUGCAUCGCGAACGGGCGUCGCGCCGCUCCACUGAGGAGGGACAGCGGCUCGGACCUUUUCGGGUGGGAUACAGUUCUAGUCACACUUACUCUGCCUUCCUCCUCCCCCGGUUCGCAUCUCUCCGCGCGUGCGGCUGCGUGUGACUGUGAGCGCGCAGAGCAGCCCGUGCGCGGACUGUGAGUGAUGCGCGUCUCCGCGUGUGGACAAGUGGGGCCAGCUGGUGCAGGCGCAUGGGACCCCACCGGAGCCCUUAGGUGAACGCGCCUCUGUCAAGCUCUCGGGAAAGCUCAAGCGGAGAGCAGUGGUGGCGGCGGUGACGGUGGCAGCAUGUGGGAAGGACUGGGCCUCCAGGUGGUGCUGAUAUGGCUGGGGAUAGGGCUUUGUAGUCACGCCCUCACUGCCCUGGAACAUGCCCAAGGCAACGUCCACAACCAUGCCCACAGGUGGCAGCUCUCAUUGCACAGACACAGGGAGAGAGGAAAAGUGGGCCAGGUUCUUCACCGCUCCAAGAGAGGCUGGGUUUGGAAUCAAUUCUUCGUCAUCGAGGAGUACACUGGACCGGAACCUGUGCUCGUGGGCCGGUUGCACUCAGAUGUCGACUCAGGUGACGGAAACAUCAAGUACAUUCUUUCGGGGGAAGGUGCUGGAACCAUUUUUGUUAUCGACGACAAGACGGGCAACAUCCACGCCACUAAGACAUUGGACCGGGAGGAGCAGGCCCAGUACACGUUGAUUGCGCAGGCGGUUGCUCGCGACACUGGCCGACCUCUGGAGCCACCCUCGCAGUUUGUUGUCAAGGUGCAGGACAUCAAUGACAACCCGCCCGAGUUCCUGCACGGCCCCUAUCAUGGCCGCGUGCCCGAGAUGUCCAAUGUUGGCACUUCGGUGAUGCAGGUGACAGCCACUGAUGCAGAUGAUCCAACAUAUGGGAACAGUGCUAUGCUGGUGUACAGCAUUCUCCAGGGCCAGCCUUACUUUUCAGUGGAACCACAGACAGGAAUCAUCAGGACAGCCCUGCCCAACAUGGACAGAGAGGCACGACAGGAGUAUGACGUGGUCAUUCAGGCCAAGGACAUGGGGGGCCACAUGGGAGGACUGUCAGGGACAACAGAGGUGAAAAUUAUCCUGACGGACGUAAAUGACAACCCGCCAAAGUUCCUCCAGAGUGUGUAUGUCAUGUCUGUGUCGGAGGACAAAGCUCCAGGGGAGGAAGUGGGCAAGCUGAAGGCCAGGGACCCAGACAUUGGGGAGAACGGCCUCAUCACCUACCGCCUGACUGAGGGCGAUGGGAUGGGAAUCUUCGAGAUCGUCACAGACUUGGAGAGACAAGAGGGCAUCGUAAGGCUGAAGAAGUCCUUAGAUUUUGAGGCAAAGCGGGCAUACACCUUGCGUGUGGAGGCAUUCAAUGAGUACGUGGACCCACGCUUCAUUACUUUGGGACCUUUCAAGGACUCGGCCACCAUAAAGGUCAUGGUGGAGGACGUAGAUGAGCCACCUGCUUUCACGUCACCCAUGUACAGCUUUGAGGUGGAAGAGAAUGCCCCCCCGGGCAUCGUGGUAGGACGAGUUCAUGCCAAAGACACGGACAUCGCCAAUAACCCAACUAGAUACAUGAUUCGGCGGUACACAGAUUUGGAGGAAUUCUUCAGCAUUGACCCAGAGGAUGGCAUUAUCAGAACCACACGGCCACUAGACCGAGAGUCCCUGCCCUGGCACAACAUCUCUGUCAGUGCUGUGGAAAUUGGGGGCCAUCACCAAGACGCUAAAGUCCGGGUCAACAUAAGAGUCAAGGACAUUAAUGACAAUGCUCCUGAACUGACAUCACAAAAUGAAGUUCUUAUGUGUGAGAGUGUUACACCUGGAAAAGUUGUUGAUACACUGAGUGCAGUAGACAAAGACGAAAUGGGCCCCCAGCAGCAAUUCCACUUCAGCAUCGCCCCAGGGGCCAUUGGCAACCAGAAUUUCUCCCUCAAGGAUAACCAAGACGGUACCGCCAGCAUUUAUGUGACACGGAAGGGCUUCAGUAGAAUCACCCAAGAUGUCUACCUCCUGCCUAUCGUGAUUAGUGACAAUGGGAGCCCCCCUUUGAGCAGCACUAACACCCUGUUGGUGCGUGUGUGUGGCUGUGACAGCAGGGAUGCCGUCCUCUCCUGUAACGUGGAGCCCUACAUUUUGCCGGCUGGGCUCAGCACAGGUGCCCUCAUUGCCAUCCUCGCCUGCAUUGUCAUCCUCCUGGCCAUUGUCGUGCUCUUUGUGGCUCUGCGCAGACAGAAGAAAGAGCCCCUUAUUGUAUUUAAGGAAGAGGAUGUCAGAGAAAACAUCAUUACCUAUGAUGAUGAGGGAGGUGGUGAGGAGGAUACGGAGGCCUUUGACAUUGCCACGCUGAAGAACCCUGACAGGGCAAGUGGGAUCCUACCGAGGAAGGACAUCAAACCAGACAUGCAGCAACCUCUUCAACAGAGGCUGCAGCCAGGGGCCACCAGCGCUGAUGUAGACCGUUUCAUUGCAAGCCGUGUCCUGGAGGCGGACAACGACCCGGCAGCACCCCCAUAUGACUCCAUCCAGGUGUACGGUUACGAGGGUCGUGGGUCAGUUGCUGGCUCCCUUAGUUCCCUGGAAACAGUCACCACUGACUCGGACCUGAACUACCACUACCUCCAAAGUUGGGGACCGCGGUUCAAAAAGCUGGCUGAUCUCUACGGCACCAAAGACUCUGUCAACGACAGCUCAUAACGCCUAGAAGAUUCCUGUCAGUAUCUGGCCAACAACAAUUAGUGUAUGAAGUUUACUAUAAGUUUGCCGUAUGUUAAUUUAUUUAUAGUAAACUUUUUUUGGUUUUAAGUAUGCUUAUAGUAUACUAAAUCCUUAUAACGGGGUUGAUUUUAUACACAGUUGUAGUGAUGAGGACAGCAAACAGUGCAAUGGGACAUCUGAAAGUUACCAUAAAAAGCUGUGUACACCACAAAGUUUUGCCUUGUUGGUUACUGCAACACCGUUCGCAUAGAAAUUUCUAGAAAACUGUUCUGGAAUCACAGAGAGUCUAUGAGUUGUUGAUACUGUGAAGGAGCUCACAAUUUGUAACAGAUUGCCUUACAUUAGAAGUAAAAUCUUGAGAGAAGUACAUGAAACAACAAUCAAUAGUUUCUGUGUCCAUCUUACAAAACUAUCCUUUUUGACAAAGUAUUAAUUUUUUUAAAUCAAGAGAAAGUGAAUAUGAAAUUUAAGAAAAAUAGUAUGGUCUUCACUUUGUCAAACGAAGUCAAAAAACACAGGACAUGAGCUCAAAAAUCGCCUUAAAAAAAGACAUUUGGUACACAGUGAGUUUUUGUAACUUGAAGGUAUCCUGAAGCAAGCUAAAUUCCUUAUGUAUGUACAGUACAAUGUGCAUAUUUGUCGUUUGGGGAGUAAAUUUAUGGAUUAAUGUAGAAGUUAUAUUUUAUUACUUCAUGGUUAUUGUUCAUUUGGGUUUUAUGGUAGCACUAUUUUACCUUAUGUACCUAGUACCUACUAGGAAACUACUUCAUAACAACUGGUUCAUAUGUUCCUUACUAAGAAAUUUUACCUAAUUUAUGCAACGAUUAAUGAUGUUCAGCUAUAAAACUUUGGAAAGUGAAAAUGGAAAAUGGCCUUUACUUGCAGUAUAGAGCUGUAAUAAUUAGGGUACAAGAUCAUCAUUUCAUGGUAAUUUAUGAAAUAAGGAAACACUUAAAUUAAACCAGUACCUGAGUAAAAUGUAACACCAUAAAACGGCAUGAAGCCAGGUUUGUGGUAUGUUGUCAGUAUGGCAAGAAAACAACAAUAUAUCCAG